AUGGGAACUCUUUAUGUUGUGGGCACACCGAUCGGAAACCUGGAAGAUAUCACCCUCCGAGCAUCCCGGGUGCUAGCGAAAGUGGCUCUGGUGGCCGCCGAGGAUACGCGGGUAACCCGCCGGCUCCUAGCCCACCUGAAGGCUCGAGUUCCCCUCGUAAGUUGCAACGAGCACAACUGGUCAGCGCGUCUUUCCGAACUGCUAACGGCCCUGAAGUCGGGAGACGUUGCACUGGUGACGGACGCGGGAAUGCCGUCGGUCAGCGACCCCGGAUCGGAAGUAGUUCGCCAGGUGGCAGCAGCGGGACAUUCCGUUGAAGUCAUACCUGGCCCUUCGGCAGUGACGACGGCUCUGGCAGUCUCCGGCUUGCCCGCCGACACUUUCCUUUUUCUGGGGUUCCUGCCACGCCGUCGGGUUGAACGUAAGAAAAAGCUGGCCGCGGUAGCCCGAGUUACCGACACCCUGGUGAUAUUCGAAGCCCCUCACCGGAUGCGGGCCACGCUGGAAGACUUGCUUUCAGUCCUGGGCGACCGGCAAAUGGCAGUAUGUCGCGAACUGACCAAACUCCACGAGGAGGUCAAACGGGUGACCAUUUCCCGAGGCCCUCGCAUACUUCGCCACACCCCGAGGGGAAUUUGUGCUGGUGGUGGCAGGCUAUGA